ACUCGCCCAUCCUCCCCUCGGAGGGCCGGGAGGGGACCACCUGAGCCUGAAGCGUCGAGGAGGUAGGGGCGCUCUGGCGGGAUUUUACGGUACUAGUACUAGUAGUAGUAAUGGUAAUAGUAUGACUAUGAGUAUGGAUGAUCAUGAUGAUAGUGUCAUGCUAAAAUAUUGCGAGUAGAUCUACCAGAUCUACGAGUCGAGUGCAAGUGCUUUUAGAAAAAUGAGGUAUUGUCCAUUGAGGAAGAUUAGUUUACUACUAGUAUAGUACUACUAUAAGUACUAGUAUUUUACGGUUGCGCAUGACCAUGAUGACACAAUCGACGAAGUAAGUUUGUUAGCAAGACUUACAGCACAAUUAUUUGUAGGUUAGCUUGCCGCAUCGGGAAAGAAGAUAGAGUCGCUAGUUUUUGUGCACUUCUGUAGCGACAGGUAGUCGCCACGAUGCAAUUCGGCAGCCCGUUCUCAGUUCGAGCGGCGGCAGCACGUUGCAGUAUCAGUUGCCUGUGCCCAUUGAUAGGAAUUUCCGUGUUGCUGACGGUCGCCAUCGGUGUAGCUGAACUGCGCGGAGUGUUCAGUUUGAGCGGACUUUCUAGACGAUUCUACGGAAUGCGGGUUGUGCCAGUGUCGCCAUGUCAACAACCACCGAAAUACCACCUUGCUAUGAUGACCAUCUUCAAGAACAUGAAGCCAUACUUGAAUGAAUGGAUCGAUUUCCAUUUGAUGGUCGGCUUUGAUCACUUCUACUUGUACAACAACAACAGCACGGACUCCCCUGAGGAAGAGCUAGCUAAAUACAUUCAGCGUGGACAGGUCACGAUGCACGACUUCCCCAGCCAGUUUCGCGUUGCCUACGAUGGCGUGCGUGAGAACUACUCGCAGAAGGCAGCUGUGCUGGAUGCUCUGACCCGUUACCGUUGUCAAGCCAAGUGGAUUGCACUGCUGGACAUGGAUGAGUUUGUCUUCUCGCCAUUAGGUACGCAGCUGCCGCAGGUGCUGCGGAGAUACGAUGCCUACGGCGGCGUGUCACUCGCGUGGCUCAGGUUUGGUACAAGCAGCCAUAUGUUGCCUCCGGAGAUGGUCACGAUAGAGGGUUACACGUUCCGUAUGCGUCGCCCGUCCAACAACUUCAAGAACAUUGUGCAGCCGGCACGCGUCGCAGGCAUUCAGGAUAUUCAUGAGAUCAUAUUCCACAGUGGGUAUUACUCCGUUGACGAACGCUAUCGGCCAGUAAUGCGUGAAACUAACCGCAACGUCAACCGGUCGUACAAGGUCCUGCGUCUGCACCACUAUUUCACGCGGUCGUAUCUGGACUGGUUCCUGAGAGUGUAUGACCGGGGUUCCGUGUCUGGUGCCGUCCACAAAUACCAGCUGGGGGACCUGAGGUAUUAUGGACGGGCCAACGAGAUGUAUGAUCCGAGUGCACUGUUCUUGGCCGAAGGUCUCAAGGCCAGGAUGGGGUUCAACGGUACGCUAUGGAGAAGUCAUUACUUCCAUUACAAUUCUAUACUCCAUCAGCUGAAUGCAAUGUCAGCAUUGGAGAAGUCGGCGGGCAGCUGAAUCUAACGGUUACUGCAGCAAAGGCCAAGUGCGCCAGGAGUUAAAUGUGACGUCCUCCUCAAUUAGAGCUAGACUGAGAUACUGUUGAUGCAGCAUAUUUUAAAACCCGGAGCCUAUUAUGGCACUCCCCGGUGAUUCCACAGCAGCGCGAUGCAGCACUGCCCCUGCCAGGUCCAGAUUGUGUCCUCUUGGAACUAGUCUUUUGGCAUUCUGGCGGUCUUCAGAGCCAAGACAUGCUCCGUAACGCUGUGCCUGUUGGCCUGCAACAGUCAGUGCUUUCUGCUGUCAUACUGUUGCAGUUUGUGCCGCCCAUGCUUGCGGGUACUCGCCAUGGCUUUCCUGCUCUGCUCCUCCGAGCAUCGUGCGUAUAUUGGUUCCCAGAGCUGGGAACAGUUUGUUUGUGACAAAUAGCAUGCCGUGAUGUUAUUCAAGUGCGGAGUCACGGAUCACGGACAGUGAGUGUGGCUGUGCUGCUACAGCGGGGCAGCAUUUGGGUAACCUAGAUCAAGGAUGCUCAGAUCAACCUCAAACUGACUCGUUUCGGUGUUAGAACUCUAUGCCGGGAUUUCCUUGUAUGGUCCACACUCUGAUGAAAACUGCCUUCUGAGAUAGGCACCUGGCUUAUGAAUGAUUAUCCAGGGAAAGUGUUUUGAAAUGGUUGGUUUGUUGCACAUGAAUACCCGCUCAUUUAGAGAAUUUACUCGGAAACAACAAUAUUAUCAUUGUUCCUCACUGUUUACAUUGUAUUCCAAUUCUAUAGAAAAGAAAAAAGGACCAAGGAACUACAAGUUUCGCUAUAUAAUGUCCACUAACACCACCAGUUACUAAACAAUCAGCUCAUGCGAUAACAUUGCACGACACUGACCGACAGUACUGACGUUCUACAAGUUCCUUGGUCCUUUUUUCUUUUCUAUACAUUUAUCCUUGGCUCUUCGUCCGAGUCCACUAUUCCAAUUCUACAUUUCCUUAUUGCUUUUAUCGCCAUUCUAUUACUCCUUGUCACCUCAUGCUCAGUUAUCGAUUAUUUUAUCAACAAUUCAAUUUGCCUUUUAUCCGGCGAAAAGAAAAAUCGUAUCAUAAUUA